AUGCACGUACAGUUUCUGUACUGUAGCUGGAGAUCCGAAGAGGAAUUAUACAAACAUUUUCUGAUUUUCAGGUUCAGUAGAUGUCCAUUCAUGUUACAACUACUGCUGCUAGAACUCACUGGCGUGAUUGCUUACGGGAAGCUAAAUAAAUACAAUGGAGUUAUUUUGUACAACAAGUGGGUUCUCUCGCCAAAAUAUUUCAACUUCCCAUUUCCAAUAACGCUUACUAUGAUUCAUAUGGGCUUUUCGAGCUUGGUUGCAUUUUUUCUAAUCCGGGUUUUCAAGAUUGUAGCACCUGUCAAGAUGACGUUUGAAAUAUACGCCACAUGUGUGAUUCCUAUCAGUGCUUUCUUCGCAUCAAGUCUUUGGUUUGGGAAUACUGCUUAUUUGUUCAUAUCCGUGGCUUUCAUCCAGAUGCUCAAAGCCCUAAUGCCAGUGGCCACAUUUCUCAUGGCUGUUAUUUGUGGAACUGACAAGUUAAGAUGUGAUAUAUUUCUGAACAUGGUCUUGGUCAGUGUGGGUGUCGUUGUAUCCUCGUAUGGUGAAAUCCACUUCAACAUAGUGGGUACAGUAUACCAGGUUACGGGAAUAUUUGCUGAAGCUCUUAGAUUGGUCUUAACUCAAGUUCUACUCCAAAAGAAGGGCUUAACACUCAAUCCUAUCACGAGCUUAUAUUACAUUGCUCCCUGCAGUUUUGUUUUUCUCUUUGUUCCUUGGUAUCUUCUGGAGAAGCCUGAAAUGGAAGUAUCACAGAUCCAAUUUAAUUGUUGGAUAUUCUUCUCAAAUGCACUUUGCGCCCUGGCUUUGAAUUUCUCAAUUUUUUCGGUGAUUGGUAGAACUAGUGCAGUAACCAUGCGUGUAGCUGGUGUCCUAAAAGACUGGAUACUUAUUGCCCUUUCAACAGUUAUUUUUCCUGAAUCAACAAUCACCAAUCUAAAUAUCAUUGGCUAUGCAAUUGCCUUGUGUGGUGUUGUCAUGUACAACUACUUGAAGCUCAGGGAUGUCCAUUUAUCACAGACUUCUGUAGAGAGUAUCGCAGAACGAGUAGCGAAGGACCUUAAGAUGGAAAAGAAGUCAUCUGAUCUGUAUGUCCCCGAUGACAUAAUAAACAAUAGCAGUGGAGGCAAGGCCGGCUGGAAUGCUUCCCCCCUGAAUUUACAUGUGGACGAAGAAGCACCUCUAGUUCCUUCUUCGAGGUCUUUUGUAUGGUUCUUUGGUGUCUCUAAAAUCAUUUAUACUAUUUUCGAGGAUUCUCUGAAGUGCAAUGGAGGACAGCUAACAGUGCUUGUAGAGCGAAAGAAGGAGAGGUUGGUUAGGGUGAGUGAUGUAGAGGACUAA